AUGCUUACCAGGAGGGUCUUAACAGCCUCGCGAUUUUUGCGAGCUCAACGUUCGGCGGCACCGCAAUUGAGAUAUCCUCUUCCAGUUAUCCAGCAAUUUCGCAAUUAUGCCGACAAGGUUGUCAAAGUACCAGAGAUGGCAGAGUCUAUCUCUGAGGGGACUUUGAAGCAAUGGUCAAAACAGAUCGGUGAUUAUGUUGAGCAGGAUGAGGAAAUCGCUACAAUUGAGACGGAUAAAAUCGAUGUUGCCGUCAAUGCUCCUGAAGCUGGCACAAUAAAGGAAUUCUUGGCGAACGAAGAAGAUACAGUUACAGUUGGUCAAGAUUUGGUCCGUCUUGAACUUGGCGGUGCUCCAGAGGGUGGUAAUAAAGAAAAGGCCUCUUCGGAACCCAAAGAGCCAGCAUCGAAAGACCAAUCAACAUCAUCGGAUCCUGAGCCAUCGAAGGAGGAGCCGAAACCCAAAGAGCAAUCCAGCUCUUCCCCACCUCCGGAGAAGAAAGCAGAGCCAAAGGAGACUCCCAAGCCCAAACCAUCGGAGUCCAAGAAGCAAGAAUCAUCAUCCAGUAGUUCCGCACCUACGUUGGGCAACCGGGAGGAGCGUCGCGUCAAGAUGAAUCGGAUGCGACUACGUAUUGCCGAACGUUUGAAGCAAUCGCAAAAUACCGCGGCAUCUCUUACAACUUUCAACGAGGUUGACAUGUCAUCUUUGAUGGAAUUUAGAAAGCUCUACAAGGAUGAGGUUCUCAAGAAGACGGGCGUCAAACUUGGGUUCAUGAGUGCCUUUUCUCGUGCAUCUGUGCUUGCUAUGCGAGACAUUCCUGCUGUGAACGCAUCCAUUGAGGGUCCGAACGGGGGUGACACCAUCGUUUACAGGGAUUAUGUCGAUAUCAGCGUCGCCGUUGCCACCGAGAAGGGCUUGGUUACUCCUGUUGUUCGCAACACUGAGGCCAUGGACCUUGUCGGUAUCGAAAAGACUAUUGCUGAUUUAGGCAAGAAGGCUCGUGACAACAAACUCACAAUUGAAGACAUGGCUGGUGGCACUUUCACUAUUAGCAACGGUGGUGUGUUUGGUUCAUUGAUGGGUACACCAAUCAUCAAUCUUCCACAAACUGCGGUUUUGGGUCUACAUGCUAUCAAGGAUAAGCCCGUUGUCGUUAAUGGCCAAAUUGUCAUUCGUCCUAUGAUGUACCUAGCCUUGACCUAUGACCAUCGUCUCCUCGAUGGAAGAGAGGCCGUCCAGUUCCUCGUUAAGGUGAAGGAGUACAUAGAGGACCCGAGAAGAAUGCUUUUGUAG